ACGACACCGCAGCUUCACCAAACCACCACCACCUCCUUCACCCCUUCCUUGAGGUAUGUAUUGAACAUGCAGAGUCGUCCUUCAUGUAGCCAAGGCGCUGCGAUCAUGACCAUGACACCGCCGCGCCUCCUACACCCGAGCUGAAGAACCUUCAUCGCUCCCGGCCAUGAAGGCACUCUUUGCGCUCGAAUGGCUCUUGAAGGCUAACCCCAUUUCCACACAGAUACCUCUUGCCGCAAGUGCGCCUUGAGAAUCUCCGCCCACCGCCAUCAUGGUCCGCACAUCCGUCCUCAACGAUGCGCUCAACUCCAUCAACAACGCCGAAAAGGCCGGCAAGCGCCAAGUUCUGAUCCGCCCGAGCUCCAAGGUCAUCAUCAAGUUCUUGCAGGUGAUGCAAAAGCAUGGCUACAUUGGCGAGUUCGAGGAAGUCGACGACCACCGCAACGGCAAGAUCGUCAUCCAGCUCAAUGGCCGCCUCAACAAGACUGGUGUCAUCAGCCCACGCUACAACGUCCAGCUGAAGGAUAUGGAGAAGUGGGUUGUGCAGCUCUUGCCGUCUCGUCAAUUCGGUUACCUGGUUCUCACCACCUCGGCGGGCAUCAUGGACCAUGAGGAGGCGAGGAGAAAGCAUGUGGCGGGCAAGAUCAUUGGCUUCUUCUACUAGAUCACGCAGAAUUAACAUGAGUGCCUCAUGUCCUCUCGGGAAUAGAGUAGAUGACAGUCAAUGAAGAAAAGUCAAUCGUCCCAUAUCUGUUCCGUUGCUC